AGAGCUAUUUGAAUUCUUUACUAUAUGAAGAAUUAAUGUUUAAGUGUGAUUUAAAAACGUAUGAUUUACAUUUAAAUACGGAAAUUGCCGUGCCGGGAACCGAGAUGGCACAACCUAUACUUCCGCUUCCGUGCGUUACGAUAAUAAAUGUAAAUUCGAAAUCAAUAACGUUAGUAUUAAAUAAUUGGAAUCAUUCAACUUUACAAUUCUUAAACAUCUCUCAAAAUCAAACAUAUUUUCGUCGUUCCUAUAAUGCAUCGUUAUUUCUUACCUAUCAUGUUAUUAAAAUAGUAUUAAAUUGUAAAAAUUAUAACACAAUUAUUGUGCGAAUUUCAAACUUUUCAACUACAUUGGAAAUUUUUUUUGGAUCAUAAGAAGAAGAAGAAGAAGAAGAAGAAGGGGGAAAUAUAUAAAUUGAUCGGCAAGCCCAUAGAAACUGGACAGUUUUAAAUUUGAAGCUGAAGAUAUAAUUGAAGAUAUAACAGUACUUGUAAAAUCAUACAAGAUAAUAUCGAAUAACAAAUAAUUGUCGAUUUUAACAUAAUUAUGAAGACACGGAUUGUCAUCGUUUUUUCUCUUGCUGUUAUUGUUGCGUCCUGCCAAGGACAGGACGAUAUGAAUCGUUUAACGGAUAAAUCUUUUGUGAGGAAGCAGCUCGAUUGUAUUUUAGAAAGAAGACCAUGUGACAAAAUAGGACAGAACAUGAAAGAUCUGAUUCCAAUAAUAGCGUACAAUAACUGCCAGCGAUGCAAUCCACUUCUAAAACAACGCUAUGCAAAAUUGAGAAACUUCAUGCUGCACCAUUAUCCUAACGAAUGGAAUGCUAUAAUACAACAUUAUUCAAAACGUCUGUCUAUUCAAGGUUAAAUUAGAAUUAUUCAAUUAUUGUUUUUACACGAUUGUCCUUACGCUACUCUCCUAGUAAUAUUUUUAAAAAGACUGACUUGUACGAUUUGUGAUUAACUAAAAAAUAAAAAUGACGUUACUACUCGUAA